UAAAAAAAUCUAAAUAGUAACUCUAAUCAAACAUUAUAAGUAAUCGUUCUUCCCGUGUCUAUGGGCACCUUCUUCAUCUCUCUCUUUCUUGCUGUCAGACUAAGCCAUGACUAACCCAAAACUUCCCUACACCGGAAUCUCAGAUUCCGGCAACGACACUUCUCUCUCUAAAAAAUCUUUCUACAAGAAGAAGCUUUUCCUCACUCUUUUCGCCACCCUCCUGGUGGCAGCCUCCGUAGCUGCCAUAGUCGCCGGAGUGAAAAACAAAAAUCAAAAGUCCGACAGCAGCGGCAGCACCCCUCUGUCCCUUUCCCACCAGUCCCACGCGAUUCUUAAGAGCGCGUGUAGUUCUACAUUCUACCAAGAACUCUGCUUCUCUGCUGUGGCUUCAGAACCCAACGUCACUCACAAAGUAACCUCUCACCGUGACGUCAUUAAACUCUCCCUCGACAUCACCACGCGCGCCGUGGAGCACAACUACUUCACCGUGAAGAAGCUCACCACCAAACACGGCCUAACGAAGCGCGAGAAAACCGCGCUCCACGAUUGUCUCGAAACCAUUGACGAGACCCUCGACGAGCUGAAAGAGGCUAAGCGCGAUCUUGAGCUCUACCCCAACAAGAAAACACUGUACCAGCACGCCGACGAUCUGAAAACCUUAAUCAGCGCCGCCAUCACCAACCAGGUCACGUGCCUCGACGGCUUCUCGCACGAGGACGCCGAUAAGCGCAUCCGGAAGGCUCUGGAAAAAGGCCAGGUGCACGUGGAACACAUGUGCAGCAACGCACUGGCCAUGACCAAGAACAUGACCGACACCGACAUUGCCAACUUCGAACAGAGCACGAAGCUCCCAGACAGCAACGUUGGCCAAAACAGAAAGCUCUUGGCCGAGGAGAGCAAUGCCGGAGGUGAUCAUGGUGUUGUCUGGCCGGAAUGGAUUUCUGCUACCGACAGGAGGCUGCUUCAGUCAACGGCAGUGAACGCCGAUGUGGUGGUGGCUGCGGACGGCAGUGGAGACUUUAAGACGGUGUCGGAGGCGGUGGACGCUGCUCCGUUGAAGAGUAGUAAAAGAUUUGUUAUAAGGAUAAAGGCUGGAGUUUACAGAGAAAAUGUAGAAGUUCCAAAGAAGAAGACCAACAUCAUGUUCUUGGGUGAUGGAAGAACCACCACCAUCAUCACCGCCAGCAGAAACGUCGUCGACGGUAGCACCACCUUCCACUCCGCCACCGUCGCUGUAGUGGGUGAAAAAUUCCUAGCUAGGGACAUAACAUUCCAAAACACAGCAGGACCUUCAAAGCAUCAAGCAGUGGCUCUAAGAGUAGGAGGGGACCUAUCAGCAUUUUACAACUGUGACAUCUUAGCAUACCAAGACACUCUCUAUGUCCACAACAACCGUCAAUUCUUUGUGAAGUGUCUGGUUGCAGGGACAGUUGAUUUCAUCUUUGGUAACUCUGCAGUGGUGUUUCAAGACUGUGACAUUCAUGCCAGGCGUCCGGACUCGGGUCAGAAGAACAUGGUGACGGCCCAAGGAAGGGUAGACCCUAACCAAAACACUGGCAUUGUGAUCCAGAAGAGUAGGAUUGGUGCAACUUCGGAUUUGGAGUCUGUGAAGAAGAGUUUCAAGACGUAUCUUGGGAGACCAUGGAAGGAGUAUUCAAGAACUGUGAUAAUGCAGAGCAGUAUCAGUGAUGUGAUUGAUCCUGUUGGGUGGCAUGAGUGGAGUGGCAACUUUGCAUUGAGCACUUUGGUCUAUAGGGAAUAUCAGAACACUGGGCCUGGUGCUGGAACCUCUAAUAGGGUAUCUUGGAAAGGGUUUAAAGUGAUAACUGAUGCUGCUGAAGCCCGGGCUUUUACCCCUGGAAGCUUCAUUGGAGGGUCUAGCUGGUUGGACUCUACGGGCUUUCCUUUCUCUCUUGGCUUGUAAAUUUGGCUGAGUUUGUGAUUGUUACAUGUUGUUGUUAUGACCCCAAGAUUUCAGACAAAACAAGAGGGGAAAUAGAGUGAUUGAUGCAGAGGCGUUUUUUUUUUUUUUUUUUUUUCUCUUUUUAGAAAAAUGUCUUUGUAUUGGUUGGGUUUUGGAACGCAGCAUGUUCCUCAACCUUAGGCUAUUUAUUGUGAUAUCACCCACUGGCUAAAUAAUGGUGAAAAUAAGUGUAUGUUAAGAUCUUGCAUGAUUCAAACAUUGAUUUACUUGAAAAUGUUUAAGCCUUAA